CCUGGAAUCAGCUGACUAGCAAGGUGAUUGACCAGACCUACGUUAACGCGACCUACAGCGUGGACACUUUUUUCUUCAUGAGUGGCCUGUUGGUGGUCUACGGGGUCUUGAGGGAGCAGCAGAGGUCAGGCAGGGUCAACUGGAUUUUGUACUAUGUUCAUCGUAUUGUCAGGCUUCUCCCGUCCAUUGCCAUGACCGUCGGGAUGGCAGCGACGCUUGCGAAAUUUGCGUUGGUUGGGCCUUUCGGUGGAGAAGUCCAACGCAGCCUUGUAGACAGCUGCAGGUCCUAUGGUUGGAGAGAUAUUCUCUUCUUGACCAACAUUGAUUUGACUGCAGUUUGUCUAGGCCAGUGUUGGUAUACAUCAGUCGAUACACAAAUCUACAUUUUCCUUCCCAUAAUUCUAAUUCCGCUGAUUUGGAAACCGAAAAUAGGCGUCGCGUGGAUGGCGCUUGUGACCGUCGUCUUCCUCAGCGUGACUCCUCUAACAAUUGCAGUUGCUCACACUUUACCGGAUGGAAUCAAUUUCGUCAACCCGGAUUAUGAUAUCAAUACGGACUUCUACACGUACGACAAACCCUGGUGUCGCGCCUCAGCUUACCUCGUGGGCUGCUGGGCGGGCUGGCUCCUCUUCAAGACGCAGAACAAGAAGGUCAAGAUGGCGAUGUGGCAAGCCUCGCUGGGCUGGCUUGUGGCGGCGGCUGUGGCUUCCUCGGUGCUCUACGGAGUGACGGACUACAACAGCUUGUAUCGCGGCGACUUCUUCCCCAAGCCCAUUCCCCUUUGGCUGGCGGCGCUGUACGGAGGCCUCAGCAGACCGGCCUGGGCGCUGGCACUGCUGUGGGUCGUGUUCGCCUGCCACACCGGAUACGGGGGACUCAUCGACGAAUUCCUUUCACAUCCUUCGUGGCAGCCUCUUAGUCGCCUCACCUACUCCCUCUACCUCGUGGGAAUUGUUGUGCAGUUGAUGUACGUCGGUUCUGUAACGUUACCCCUGUACCUCGACCAAACUAGCACGAUCGUAGAGACAACAGGUUAUCUUUUCAUCGGUGGAUUAAUCGGCCUUUGGCUUUCGCUCGCCGUUGAAGUUCCUGUCAGUUUAUUGGAGAAAUUGCUGAUUCGUCGUCAAGACAAAACUGAUGAGGCACCGAAGAGAGAAUGAGCAGGAGCGAAGUUCAGUAAUGGCUUUGUGUGUGUGCGUGUCUACUGUGCAUGCAGUUUUUAUAAGGCAGAAAUGGUUAACUUUUUUUUUCUUUUUCUUUUUCUUUUACGUAUGUACAAGAAAACCUAAUGUGACUUUAAUGCCACCAUUAAAACAUGAUGCUAAUUUUCA